UUGCGGCCUGCUGGACCAUGCUGAGCGGAGCGUGCGGCUGGCUCGCCUCAGCGCUGCGGGGUCCACGCGUGCCGCCGUUCGCAGUCGCCCGGAGGUGCCUUCACGCGUCGGGGUCACAGCGGUCCGCGGACAAGAGCGAGAGGCCCGGAGAACCCGCCCCGCGCCUUCGACCCGGCGCUGCUCGAGUUCCUGGUGUGCCCCCUCUCCAAGAAGCCGCUCAGAUAUGAAGCAUCGACAAAAGAAUUGAUUAAUGAAGAGUUGGGAAUAGCCUAUCCAAUGACGGAUGGGAUCCCUAAUAUGAUACCGCAGGCACCUAGGAUGACACAUCAAAAUAAGAAGCAAGAAGAAAUGGAGCGGCACUAGAUCAUAAUUAAAAACAGCAACACACACAACUAAACUUUCUUAAUACCACUUACCUUUUUAAAAGUCAGAGUGGCAGGUACUAAGUGGGGGAGAAGAAUGUUUCUGUCUCUUCCAACGUUGACUGUCCUUAUUCCGUUGGUCUCUUUAGCAGGACUGUCCUACUCAGCCUCCGUGGAAGAAAACUUCCCACAGGGCUGCACUAACACAGCCAGCCUGCGCUUUUAUAGUCUGCUCCUGCCCAUUACCAUACCAGUUUAUGUGUUCUUCCACCUUUGGACUUGGAUGGGUAUUAAACUCUUCAGGCAUAAUUAAUACAACCAGAGCCAAGAGGACAUAUAUGUCAUGUCUAUCUCUGAAAGCUCAACUACAUGGAAAUACUGGAAACCCACUUAAAUUGCAGGAAAGGUGCUUUGCCUUGCUUCUCUCAGAGGUUUAGGACUAUGGGAGGCCUAAGCUGCAGAAGUUUCUUUGGUAUUUUUUGUUCUGCCCUUGUUUUUUGAAAAUUCUGAUUAAUAACUCCUGUAUCAGAAGAAACACUUAAGCAGUUUCUUGUUGGAUAGUAACAGUCCCAACCAUCACCUGAUGACUUUCUUACCCUAUUCAUCUAAAAAUUAGUAAUUAAAAUUUUUAUAUGUUUAUUUUAAAGUAUUUGGCAGAGUUACAUGUUAAGGAUGACUAAAAUAAUUCAUUCCAAAGGAGUUGUUAUGUUGGAGUAGUUGUAGAGAAAAGUAUUUGAGCUAGUGUGCUAUAAAACUAUAAUAAAAGGGAAACUUCAUGUACUUGCAAACAUGCUGAGUUUGUAAAAUUAUCUUCGUUUGUCAUCAAAUGCUUACAUUAGUAAUAAAACAAGAUGACAC